AUGAAGGUCAGCGCUCUCUGCAUCAGACUGAUGGUGACUGUACUGCUGAAGAACAGUCUCUAUGUUCAGGAAUCUGAUGCAGCUUUCAUUAAUGUGGAUCCAAACAGACUGCAAUUCUUUGAGUAUGAAUCCAUCUCACUUACCUGUGCCCGGAUUCGCAGCUCAUCUGAAUGGAGAGUGAUGAAAAAGAUUUCCUCAGAUGCUUCUCGAUGGGAAACAUCAACAGGAUCCUUGAAGAUUAAUCCGGCUUAUAAAUCACACAGUGGAGAAUACUUUUGUGAAAAUGGAGAGGGAGAGAGAAGCAACGCUGUCAACAUCUCUGUCACUGCUGGUGAAGUGAUCCUGGAUAUUCCUGCUCUCCCUGUGAUGGAGGGAAAGAUGGUGACUCUGCGCUGCAGAAAGAAGACAUCUGCUAUCUCUACAGCUGAUUUCUACAAAGAUGGCCUAUUCAAUAGGACAGAAUACACUGGCAACAUGACCAUUCCCAGUGUUUCAUUAUCUUCUGAAGGUCUUUACAGAUGCAGAAUCCCUGGAGCUGGAAGAUCACCAGAGAGCUGGCUGGCUGUCAGAGCCUAUAUUAUACAUGCACCUCAAGGGACAACACCUGGGGAGGGUCAAGAGUGGCCUCCUCCUCAUCCUCCAGACCCUGGUUCCAUUCAGCUCUCCAUCCUGUUGCCGGUCGUCUUCACCUGUUUGUGUGUGGCUGUUCUGCUGCUGGUGGUGGGACUACUGCACUAUCGGAAACACAGAGUGUAUGUAAACAUCGGCAUGGCUGGACAACAGACUACAUAUGCCCAUGUGAUGAAACACAAGAAAAAGAGAGUCACACGUCUGAAGAUGCUGCUUACAAGAACUGUGCUGCUGCACAUUCUCUCUGUGGUCAACUACUGA